CAUGUUUGGGUGAUAUUGAUUUACAAAAUUGUAAUAGCGUAUUCAUGUUGCGUGAUUUUGCUAUAUUUAAAGCUAAUAAGUUUUUAAAGAGACAUGCGUAAUGUAAAACGAAAGAGAAAAGGACAGGAAAGUUAUCAUUCCAACACGCAACGAACAGCUUAUACAUGCUGAGAGAGGGUUAAGUAAAUUUUUCUGUAAGAUUGUUUUUUAUUCAACUGGGUUCACAGACUGCGGUUGGACUAAAUAUGUGUACGAACAAUCAAAAUUUUACACCUAUAACAUUGAUCUAUGAAAAUUUUCGACAAAAAUGUUCAGUGAAUGUAAGGAAAACACAAUCAAAACAGAAUUAAUAAACAAUCGAUUAACCAGGGUAAAUUUUUGUGUUCAAAUAUUGGCCAGAUUUUAAAACCAAUGUUAAGAAAUGAUUCUUAUCACUCAACAUAAUGGUUUUAAGUACAGAGUGGUCUCAGGUCGAGGUGAUUGACUUGGUUAAUGAUGGUUCUGGUCUUGGUUUUGGUAUAGUCGGUGGCCGAAGUACAGGAGUUGUGAUAAAAUCAAUUCUUCCAGGUGGAAUAGCAGAUAAAGAUAGUAGAUUACAAAGUGGUGAUCACAUUUUACAAAUUGGUGAUAUAAAUUUGAGGGGACUAUCUGCUGAUCAAGUGGCUACAGUAUUAAGACAAGCUGGAUCUCAGGUUAGAAUGGUUGUUGCUCGUCCUAUAGAGCCCACAUCAGCAGAUAUCCAAUCAUAUGCUUGCACAGCACCAAUAGUACCUACAAAAAUCCUCACAAAUACAGAAGAACUUGAUCGACAAUUACUUCAAAAUGGAUACUCGACUUUCUUUAAUUUGCACCAUCAGAUUUGUAAUAGUGAUGAAAAUACACCAGAUGAAAAACAUGAUAAGGUUAAUGGAGUUGAUGCAAAUGAAAUAAACAUUAACAAUAACUAUACUCCAAACUGCUGUUCUCCUGGCGAUUGCCAAUCACCAAUUAGUGCGAGUCAGACUCUUGUUACCCCAGUAGAUAUAGAAUAUGCUCUUCCUGAGACUAAAAGAUUCUCUGUAGUUUUGAAAAAGAAUGAAUUUGGCUUAGGCAUAACAGUGGCAGGUUACGUUUGUGAGCGCGAAGAUUUGAAUGGAUUAUUUGUCAAAAACUUAACUGAAGGAUCUGAAGCUUACAAAUCUGGUGAAAUAAAUAUAAAUGAUCGGAUCAUUGAAGUCAAUGGUCAGUCUUUACUGGAACUGACAAACCAUGAAGCUGUGAAAAAAUUAAAAGAAACAGGGGAAUCUGUGUAUUUGACUUUUGAGAGGUACUUAAGGGGUCCAAAAUUUGAACAGCUGCGUGAAGUUUUGGCGAGUCAUGAACCGAAAGAUCUCAAUCCAUCUUCUCCAUCUGUUACUACUUUAAGUUGGAUACCAAUUGAAAAUGUUGAGGAGCCAAUUGAAGCGGAAGGUGUAUCAGUACAAUCUGUAAAUAGUGACAUCUUUGAACAAUUUCCCGAAACAAAAGAAAUAUUUAUAGAAGAAAAUUUUGAAGCAAAUCCUCAGGAUGACCUUGAGAGUAGUAUAAAACAGAAGUGGGAAGGGAUUUUAGGAGAGGAAGCGAAUGUUGUUGUAGCCAAUUUAACUAAGUUGAAGGGAUUGGGUAUAAGCUUGGAAGGUACGGUCGACGUGGAAGGAGGAGUAGAACUUCGUCCACGUCACUUCAUUCGUUCCAUUCUUCCAGAAGGACCAGUUGGUCAAAAUGGUAAACUUAGUCCUGGUGAUGAGCUGUUGGAAGUAAACGGCCAAAAGUUACUUGGUCUCAGCCAUGUGGAAGUUGUAAAAUUACUCAGGGAGUUACCCACUACAGUUAGACUAGUGUGUUCUAGAAAAGAAAUGGAUAACAGAGUUAUAAACACUUCCCAAGAUUUAAAAGCAUUUGAACAAAGGAAUAUCCUGGGGGGCAGUUUAAAGAAUUUGUUACCACAUCCAGAGCAACGUUUGGUCAAAGCCUUAAGUGAUACAAGUCUUCAUACAUCAAGCACCAUUACAGUUUCAGAGGAACCAGUUAAUUUGCAAAAAGCAAAGUCACAUUCAUUGGAAAUGACUAAUGUAGCAUUGUGGAGUGAAGAUAUUGAAUUUUUGGAAUUGCAAAAAGCUGACCGAGGGCUUGGCUUUUCAAUCCUUGACUAUCAAGACCCCCUCGAUGUUCAUUCAACAAUUAUUGUAAUCAGAAGUUUAGUUCCCAAUGGUCCAGCUGAAAUUGAUGGCCGAAUUACACCCGGCGAUAGGCUUAUAAGUGUUAAUGGUACAGUUAUAAAAAAUUUUACAUUAGAUCAGGCGGUUCAGGUUCUGAAAGGCACUUUGCCAGGCAUAGUAAAAUUGGGUAUAUCUAAACCACUUCCUGUUUCAAGACAUAGUGAAACUGUUAGCAAUAAUACAGGUUCAUAAAGUUUUAGUAUAUGAGUAACUUGGUUGUGAUGCGCCCGAGAUUUUUUUUUUUUUAAAUAAAAAUUAAUCCAUCUGGAACAUCUUGCUCUAAUAGUAAUCGUAUUUAAUUGAACUAUUCUUAUCAAACUUUUGAUAAGAAUGGAAAUAAAAUAGGUGUUCACCUCAUUAUGCGUUUUAAGGAUCAGAUGGAAAAAAAAAUCUGAUUCUGAAUUUAUAACUAAAGCCGCAUUUACACACGCAUAUAAAUGGCUCUAGCAACAUUAUAACAAAAAUUUUCAUGGUUUAAGUUCUCCUAAUUUAAAGUUUUCAUCAGGGUUCAAUUCACUAUGACUUUGUUAUCUCAUCAUCUAUGGCAUUUAUAGAAAUGUAUAAGAAAUUAUUUAUACUGCAAUAAGCAGAGAGAGAUAAAAACAAAUUAUAGCGCUUGAUGAAUAUUCACCCAUUAAAAAUAUUUAUCACAAUGCAAAAUGGUAUUUAUAAAAAAUAACUGAUUGUUGUUUAGUAACAAUUUACAAGACAUUACAUAUAUUUUAAUUGACUAAAUUUGUGGUGACUUUAUAUGGCAGGAAAUGAGUUUCAUUGAUAACCUUUAGGGGACAAUCCUUGAGGCAUGCGCAAUUAAAAAAAAUCAAGCUAUAAAUGAACAAUGUUUUUUAGGCUUUCUGAUAUAUUUACUGUCAUAAAUCACAGAAAUGAAUAAAAAAUAUCUAAAUAAAUCACAAAAAAGGAUAACAAAUAUCUAAAUAAAUUUUAACCCAACAAAGAUCACAAAUACAUAAAUUAAAAGUAUCAGUUUUGUGUGCCCCAUAAACACCAAAAAAUUUUCUGAGGCCAUAUACAGAAACUUUUGAGUAGUUUAUUGCCUAGCCUAUAAAUAAAAGUGAUUUCAAAGGUCAAAAUAAUACUACAAAGAUCUAAGAUUUUCUUAUUUUUAACGCAGGAACGUUAGGACAUACCCUAAUUCCGUUUGUUUUUUUGUUAUCCAAAGAGUUUAAAAGAAAGGAAUUGUGAAUCAGGAAUAUUUUUUCUAGUUUCCGUAUCCAUUUGUGCCUUUAAAACAUAGCUUUUAAAAUCAAUUUGAACAGCAGUGAAUUUGGGAUUAACAGGAAUUGCUGCUAAGAUUCUAUGAUUCUAUACAAAGUGACUACUUUUUGUGCUGUCUUGUAGCUACUUGUGGAUAGCACAUAGCAAUUAUAACUUUCGCAAUUAAUAAAUUAAUUAUCGAAUAAUUCGUGUACUGUUUGACAUACGUAUUUCAACUAGGUACCUUCCUAACACCCAUGUCUACGUUCUAAGAUAGCUUGUCAGGCAUGUCGUGAAUUUAAAAUCUAAAAUUUUCUAAUACCUGAUCAUAUACAUUUAUCGAUUUAUAAUAGCAGUGAUUAAAUUAAAUGAUGAAAUUUAAUUUGCUUCACAUUUAUUGUUUUCUUUGUAAUUUUGGUCCUUCUUUAUAUAUAUUAAAUAGCGCCGAACAAUAUAACCAAUAGGAAUAAUCAAAAAAUAAAAACAAAAUGUAUGUACCUAUCGAACAUACAAAAACAUCAGGUGCAAUUUUGUCGACAAGUCGCUUCAAGUUUUACAGCAUAAGAGUAAAAAAUAUUUUUGUAGGAUUUUCAUUUUUAAAUGGACAGACAAGUAAUGGUCAUAAAACUGAAUCGAAGCUGUCAUCCUAGCAUUGGUAUGUCAAUAAUCAAUCGUAUUUUGUAGGGUCCCUAUGAGUCGAUUUAUUAAUAUGUAAACGUUAGUCUUGAGAAUAGACACAGCUUCUCUUGUUAGAUGUAUUUGUAUAAAAAUUUUGUUGUAGUGGUUAUAAACACUUAUUAUUUUUUUUCCACUAAUUAAUUGGUCUGUAGGUACUUUUCAAGGCCUGGAAACUUUAGAUAGAAUUAGUAUGGUCGUGUUAGAAACAAACAAUAUAGGUCAUAUGGAAAACUAUUCUAUUAUUUGGUUUAGGAAAAAGUCGUGCAUAUUCUAAAACCGAAAUCGCUGUCAUAUAUGAUGAACGUCAUAAAAUGUUAUGUGCCCACUUGUUUUCAAAAUUUCUUAAAAUUUUUAUAGUCAAUAAACAAUGUUGCAUUUUUGACUGUUUGAAACUAUUCUUCAUAAUAACUUUUAAUUGUCCAAAGUAAUUUAAUUGACAUAUUGCGUUUGAGAUUUUGCAGUAUGCACAACUGUUUAUUUUUCCCAAAAUCACAGAGACAGACUGUAUAUAUUGACACAAUAAGUGUAACUAAGUUCUCCAAGGUGGGUUCGGCUAAUAAAAACUGCUGGAGCGGUGCAAGAAUAGUUUUUUGUCACGCGAGUUUGGAGAUAAUAAACUGUAUAUCCGAACGCCCCUGGAUUUUGGAGCAGAACGUCAAACAUAACUGUCAAACAGCUGUUUUAGUUUGUUAUUGUUUUAAUACUUUUCGGGCAGAACUAGUUUUUUGUGUGUUUAUCUUUAUCAUUCAUUUUUAUUAGUAUUGAAAAAUAAUUUAAUAUUUGCGUCUCUGUUUAGUUAAAAAAAAAUCUGAACGACGAGGAUAAUGAAUAAGUCAAUCUAAUUGAAAAAAGUGGAAACUGCAGACGUCAGGUGCCCCUUUUUAAUAGUAAACAGUUUCAAAAACCGGGAUAUGAUUGAUAUAUCUAAAAAUAUAUAUAUUUCAAACAUAAAUUGUCGCUGAUGUACUUCUUUAAAGUUUUUUAUUACUACCUAGUAUCCAACACAAAUAUUGAAAAAAUUCCCUAUAUUAAUAAAUAAAAUUAAUUUCUAAACGAAACUGAAACCACCUAACAAAUAUUUGGUAUCUUAAGUUGUUACUAUAACAAGCAAUAAGCGUCAUAGAACAAACAGGCAAAUUCGCCAGUUUCACACUUUAGCGCAUGCUUGCUCUUAAAAUCCUGCAGUGUAUGUAAAACCCCUGUAUAACCGAACACAAACGGAGUCACUCUACGUCAAAAAGCAAAACCCGAACGAAUAGAGUGUAUACGGAGUGACGAAGUACACGCAGUAAACAAGCCGAACCUACCUCCAGAAUUUCAUUCCGGUUUUAGUCAAUGUUUUGUGAUGUGCUUGUGAUAUUUUUAGAAAAUGUCAUUAAUAAGAUGUCAAAAUAAUAAACUUUCUUUCCUCUCAUAAAAAAUAAAUUUGCUGUUCAUGAAUUGAAUGUUUAGUGAUUUUCGAGUAUGUAUAUUUAAAACAGAAGAAUCUGUUUUUUAGAUGCUUUUAAGUUAAUAUUGUUGCUGUGAUACCAAUGAACCUUGUCAAUAACAUUAUGUAAGCUACUGAACGAAAAUGUUGGAAAAUAAUAAAUAUGAAUUUCUGCAGACGUUUUAUGAAAUUUACAAAUCUAAUCUAUAGUGGUUUUCAAUUUAUUAUAGUUAACACCACUUUUUGUUUUGCGUAUGUUUAGUAUUUUGCAUAACAAAUGCACAAUCACUACUGCCUUUCCUAGUAAUAGCUGUACAUAUUGUCAGUUGCAUAAAAUUGCAUUGGAUUAGUAGAAAAAAUGCUUUCAAACUAUUUAUUGUACCUUUCGUACCAAAAUUUAUGGUGUCUUCAAAACACAAAAUGUUUUUUCAAUGUGAAUGUAUAUGCGCAAAUUGCUUUAAAAAGUUGUAUAUUUCCGAAAAGAUAUGGGGUGGGCCACAAUCAAAAGAGAGAAAUAAGUAAGGUUUUUGAAUUAUGAGCGCUGUGAAUACAUUUAAUGGUUAAGACACUAUCCUACAUAGUUUUGAACUUAUAUUAGAGACCAAUUAAAAGUUUUUAAAAUUCAAAAUGUAAGAAAGAGCACCCAUAUAGUUAUUAGAUGAUAUUGGGGCCGUAAAUACCCUAAAAUUGAUGCAUCUCAAACCCCAAUGGCAUUUUCAUAAAGAAUCGUCCGUUCAUACCCCUAAAUUUCACACACCAAUUUGCACCUUGCACCUGUUUCUUUUAAAACAGCGAUCUUCACUCGCUUACUUCAACUUUUCUUUGAAAUUUUAAUGGAUUACUUGUUGAUUCAAAGUGAGAUUUUAAAUAACAGGUGUUAUUGGUGAAAAACAAAUUUUGAAAUGACUCGCACAUGCGCGAAUUUCCCUUCUCUAGAGUUUUGAGCGACGCACUAUAUGUGUAGUAAAUAUAUGGGCACACCAUAUCACUUGAAGCUGCGCGUAAAUUGUAAUUUUUUUUCCGUAUUAGAAUGAUUUAAUUACAAUAUAUUUUUAUUUUUAUUAAUAAAAUGCUAAUUUGUAAUACCUAUUUAACGUAGAUUUCAAAUUUCGCCUGCAAAUUUACUACGCUUGGUGUAAACACCAAACGCAAAAGAUAGUAAUUAGAUUUUGUCACUUUGUAGAAUUGGCACAAUGAAUUUUGCACGUUAGAUAUAGUUUCUAAAUGUAUACGAUAAAACUUCCAUAACGCAACACGGAUCUCCGUCAAAUGAUUCAAUUACAUACGUAUUGAACAUACGCAUUUUUGAAAUAACUGAGGAAAAAGUAAAAUAAAAUAUAGAUUGCUUUACCGCAAAUGUUUGCAAUUAGCUUCAAUUUUUUAUUUUAUUUUUGGAACAAGAUUUUUUUUAGAAAAAACUGGUUUUACAUUUAAAAAUGUAAAAUCCCUGUAUAAAUAUAUUAAAAUCAAAUAUACUUUUUAAAAAGUCAAGGAGGUUGAAAAAUCUCAACUCAUUUAGUAUGUUAGAAUUGUUUUGCAAGAAAAAGUUCGAAUAAACUAUGUUUAAUUA